GCCCAGCCGAGCGCACAAAACCCAGCGCGCCUCCCUCCUCUCCACCAGACUCUUCUGAACAGUGAACACAGACGGAGCAGUGCGUCUUGCAAGAAAUCAACAUGGACGUACAGAGAGUAUCUCAGCACAACCAAAUGGACUAUAACAUGGAGGCCAAACACGGGAAAAUGAUGCCUUGCCAGGAGGAUCGUUUUGACUCCGGCCUGGACUCCUUGAAAGAGGACGACCUGGUGAACGUCUUUGAGGACAUGACAGUGAACACGCACAAGGAUCACACGCAGGAAUACGAGCCUUGGAUGAAUGUAGUGACUGAAGACGGUGACACGUAAGUUGAUUUUCUGUCUAUUUUUUUGUAUUUUUGCGCAAUUACGCAUUUGCAAAUCUAAAUGCGUCAGGAGUUUUUUUUUUUUUGCACCAGUGCGCAAAACCUAAACUUCAUGCGCAAUAGGAUUGAAAAUAAACUUGGAAAAAUCCAGCAGAAAUUGGCAUUCAUUGGGGUAAAAGUUGCACGAAAACAACAGGCCUUUUAAAGUGUGUUUGUGCAGCGCAGCACGCACGUAAUACGUGUGUGUGUGUGCGUGUGUGUGUGUACUUUGGCUGAGAGCGCAGUCUGGGCGGCGCUUAAGUCCGCUUUGCGAGUUCAGGAAAGUCCCUGGCGCUCUGCCAGGAACUGAUAAAGCAUCAGAUGUGUCAAGCCACUACUGGUGGAAAUAACCCGACAAAACUCCAUUCUUGCGAAACACUCCAGCGCUCAGGCUUUGUUCUUCAUUAUUUGGCUGGAAACAUUUCCUCUGCGUAGUUUUUUUUUUCUUUCUGAGCACUACUCUUUUUACUAAUCAGACUCCUCUUUUUUUCAACCCACAGACUUCUUCACUUGGCCAUCAUUCAUGAAGCCACAGAUCAUGCUUUCCAGAUGAUCAAACUGUCUCACAACCACCCCUUCCUCAAUGUGCAGAACCACCAGAGACAGGUAAAGUCAGAUCCAAAUACACCCACAUUUAUAAAUGAGUUAUUACACACACAAAUGAUCUUUAAAAACAGGAUUUUAAAGAAGUGUAUUUUCCUCCUUAGACCGCCCUCCACCUGGCAGUGAUCACAGAGCAGUCCCAGCUGGUGGAGAAGCUCCUGAAAGCCGGCUGCGACCCACGGCUAGCCGACGACAGCGGGAACACAGCCCUCCACAUCGCCUGCAAGAAAGGCUCUCUCGCUUGUUUUGGCGUCAUCACCCAGAACUCCCAACGCCACCUCACCUCCAUCCUGUCCUUCCCCAACUAUAAUGGUAAGAAUCCAAAUAAAACAACAUCCAGAAGGAGACUCACAUGCUGGAAAUUUCCACUAAAGCAGUUUUUCUAACCGAGCUUCUCCUGGUUUUCCUUUAAAGGACACAACUGUCUCCACCUGGCGUCCAUUAACGGCUACAUCUCAUUGGUUGAAAGCCUCAUCCGGUUGGGUGCUGACAUCAACGCACAGGUAUGUAUCGAUUAACCCAAAACAAAGCCGCUCUAAAUUUCCAUCUGAGUAAAACGCACAGAGGAUCUAACGUUAUAUCUCUACGUUGUUUCCUGUAGGAGCAGUGCAGUGGGAGAACGUCGCUCCAUCUCGCCGUGGAUCUCCAGAACCCCACGCUGGUCAGUCGCCUCCUCGAACUCGGCGCCAACGUGAACUGCUUCAACUAUGGCGGUUUCACGCCGUACCACCUCACCUACGGGCGCCACAACGAAGAGAUCCGCUGCCAGCUGUUUGAGAAGACGGCGCAAGAGCUGAGGGCGCUGCCCGAGAGCGAAUCGGAAGAGAGCGACAUGGAGGAGGGAGACGUAUCGGACGAUGAGGUGAGUUUAGAUCAAAAGUUCGGUUCUGUCGCUUUACGUUACGAUAAAAUUAGAGUCGAAUGGAGUCUAACAUCCGCUUUUCCUCUUUCCUUCAGCUGUACGACGACAUAAAGUUCGGAAAAUAAACACGACCAUCGCUCCUCCGGUGGUGUGAACGACUGUAAAGCUGCUACAGGGUUGCCCGGGAACAGCCUCCAUAACGAGGGACUUACAAGUCCACGUCCCCUGUCCGGGUCCGGGUCCAGAUCUACAGAGCUGGUCCUGGGAACACAAUCAUGAAUGAAGAUGGCGUCCGUAGUGGUCAAGUCCGAUGUGAUCUGAAACCACAGUACAGCAAGACCAUGACCUCCGUGUCCCUCUGUAAACUGUAGAAAUCUAUACUGAUGUGUACAUACUUGACAUUUGUAAUAUAUUGAUGUAAAUACAGAGAUAUUAUUUUUGUACCUGUACAAAUGUGUGAAUUUAAACACUAUUAUUAAAACUGAUAAGAAUAAAAGUUUAUUGAAUAUUAAAA